AUGUCCCGACUCAACCGGUGCACUCAGGCAAGCAGCCUAUGGGAAGGGCCCGGCAUUGUAGCCAGUCUCUCCCACAAAUAUGACAUCGGUCGCUCUACUGGCAUGCAUAGGUCAAACGGACAAUGCUCAGUACCCGUGCCCCCGUUGCGGGAUCAAUGGGUCAUCGAGCCAAGUGACUUGGCAAUGUCAUUGAAGUGA